GGUCUUAUUCAUAAUCAUUUUUCACAUUUUAUCAAAUGCUUAUUAGAGGUUUAUAAAACGUUUGAUAAAAAUUGUUAUUCAUAAUCGUCAUUUAGCGCUAAAAUCCUCUUUUAUCUGUGUGAUAAGUUAUCGAGAGCUCGGGCCUUGUUUAAAGCUCUAAUAAACCUAUUUUAACCUAACUUUUAUAAAUGUCAUUUCAUAUGAAUGUCACUUCGUUGGUUUAUUUAUUCAAAAUAUCCUUGCUGUGAUCCUUGCUUGUGAAAAUGAAUGCUAUAAAUGCAAUUGUGCAUUUAGCCAAUAAUGCCGACCCAGCGCGACGUAGAAAGCUCUACCGCCAACGAAGCAACCCAUUCGAUUUGCGGGACCUAAAUUUUAAAAUAAAAUAUAGGUUCAAUAAGGACACAGUGCGCACCAUCAUAGAUUUGGUGGAAGAUGAUCUGGUUCAGAGCGCUAGAGGUGGUGGCACGUGUCCUGAACUGCAAGUUUUAGUGGCCAUAAGAUGUUGGGGACGUCGUGAGGUACAAGAUGAUGCUGGUGACCUCCAUGGCCUAAGUCAGCCGACAGUGAGCCGGAUAUGCGCCAGAGUCGCGCAUGCAAUCGCGAAUAAGGCAAAUUCCUUCAUCAAAAUGCCUAUCACUAUAGGAGAGCAGGAAAGAAUUAGUGCCAAAUUUAGAGCAAUUAAAAAUUUUCCUGGGGUGAUAGGAGCCAUAGAUUGCACCCACAUUAAAAUUAAAAAAACCGGAGGUGACAUGGCCCAGUACUAUAUUAAUAGAAAAGGCUAUUAUUCCCUGAAUGUUCAGGUUGUCUGUGAUGCUGACCUCAAAAUAAUGGAUAUAGUGGCUAGAUGGCGAGGCAGUACACAUGACAGUCGAAUUUUUAUGGAGAGCAAUAUAAAACAACGAUUUGAGGAUAGGCAGUUUAGAGGACGCCUUAUUGGCGAUUCGGGCUACCCUCUUCUGCCAUAUCUAUUUACACCUAUUUUAAGGCCUAGUCGUCCAGAAGAAGAAGCAUACAAUAAUGCUCACAUCUCAACUAGGAACACUGUUGAAAGGUGUUUUGGGGUGUGGAAGCAGCGGUUCCAAUGCCUACUCCAUGGCUUACCAGUAAGCCUCCAAAAUGGAAAAGCUGUGAUCAUAGCAUUGGCUGUAUUACAUAAUAUAGCCAUUGAUAUGAAUGACACAUUGUUAGAACAACAUAUGGAGCAGGUCCCUGUAACUCCGCAACUUUCGACGGAGAACAGUGUUCACGACAACCGACCUUCAUUGUUGAGGCGUAGGUCGCAGUUGAUACUACAAAAUUUUAUAAAUCAACAUUUUUGAAUGAUACUGUUCCUGGCAUCUUAAUGAAAAUAAAAAGAAU